GUUGCUGAUUGCUUUCCACGCAUCAUCAGGGCUAUGUGAAAAUAUAACAAUCUUGAAGAUUUUGGUGGUGCUUUCCAACUUUACAAUGUGGAACCACGUACUAAGGGUUUGAUUGAAUUUUAUUUGCUGCUUGCAAUAGAAUUCAGAAAGAAGGAUCCAACUAAAGUAAACUGAUAUAUAUGGAAGAUAAGAAAUCUGAUGCUGGCGGUUCGGGAAGUAUUCGUAACGAAGAUAUGAUCGUCAGAGCUGAUACGGUUGAUUUGAACAAUUUGGAUUUGGAGCUGGAGAUGCCCCUGACUGCGGCUUCUUCGUCUAGAGAAAGGCAGGUUCAUAGUACACCAAUGGAAGAAUGGGAGAUUGAUUUGUCAAAACUGGGUAUCAAGGAUGUUAUAGCUCAUGGAACUUAUGGUAGUGUAUACAAAGGUGUUUAUGAUGGCCAAGAUGUUGCAGUGAAGAUUCUGGAUUGGGGCGCGGAUGGUGUUUCCACAACUGCUGAAACUACUGCUCUUCGUGCAUCAUUUAAGCAAGAGGUUGCUGUGUGGCAUAGGCUUGACCAUCCUAACGUUACAAAGUUUAUUGGUGCUUCAAUGGGAACUGCAAAUCUUGAUAUUCCUUCUACAAAUUCUGAUGGUCAUCGCUCCCUCCCUGCAAGAGCAUGUUGUGUUGUUGUGGAGUAUCUCCAAGGGACACUGAAAAAUUUCUUAAUAAGAAACCGGCGCAAGAAACUUCCAUAUAAGACUGUGAUACAACUUGCACUGGACCUUGCUAGAGGUUUGAGUUAUUUGCACUCACAGCAGAUUGUGCACCGAGAUGUUAAGACUGAAAACAUGUUAUUGAAUACUAAAAGAACCUUGAAAAUUGCGGAUUUUGGUGUUGCUCGUGUGGAAGCUCAAAAUCCCAGUGAAAUGACAGGUGCAACCGGUACACUAGGGUACAUGGCCCCUGAGGUUCUGCGUGGCGAUCCUUAUAAUAGAAAGUGCGAUGUAUACAGCUUUGGCGUAUGCCUAUGGGAAAUCUACUGCUGCGAUAUGCCAUAUCCUCAUCUAAGCUUUGUCGAAAUCUCGUCUGCAGUUGUCCAACAGCAUUUACGGCCAGAAAUACCGAGCUGUUGUCCGAGUGCAUUAACAAGCAUCAUGCAAAAGUGUUGGGAUGGAUCCCCCGAAAAUCGACCAGACAUGGAUGAGGUGGUUAGGCUGUUAGAGGCUCUUGAUACCAGUAGAGGAGGAGGCAUGAUACCAGAUGACCAAAAAAGUGGAUGGUGUUGUUUCGGUGCUGCCCGGGGUCCUUGAUUUCUCUUUUCUUUUUGUGCACAUUUCUUAUCGUUAUUUAUUGUUUGCCUAAUUUCCAUAGUUGUACAAACAUGUAUUUUUAUUUUAGUGUGUGCCCCCAAAACUAAUAACUAUAUAUAUGUUCAAGUCAUAUACUAGAAGUUCUAAAACGGCUUGCGUUUGUACUUUGUACUAUUAUACUAGGGCUUAACCCGGGCAUGAAACACACUAAUAGGAUAAUCGUCGGAUAAAUAUUGGUCUAAUUACUUUUGCAGUGAAUAAAGA